CACUCGACGAAGUUUGAUUUCGCUUGUGAGCAAACCAGCGACAUGGACGCGCGAACCAGCGACGGCUCCGUGAGGACACAGCACCAUGACUUCUAACCAAAUCCCUGCCCGUGCGUAAAAGAUGCGUCUUGGCACCGCGCUGGCGUUUAUCAGCGCCCUGAUGUUUCCUCUGCAGCUGGAAUGUACCCCGACAUGUCAGAAGGGAAAUGGAAAUGGUGAUUAUGUUGAGGGACACUGCCCUGCCACACUGACCCCGUCCCAGAGCCCAGGGAAGAUGUACUCUGAAUGUGUCACCCUCCGAGUUUGGAUGAAGGCUGAUGACUUCUGCCAGGCCCCGAGGAUUGAGAUUCUCUCACCAUUUAAGAAGGUAAUCCGACCGACCAAGAAGGGUCAGAAACACAAACACAAGUGUGUCAAUGAAAGAAUUCCAGGUGAAAUCAGAGUCCGCUGUAAGCGAGGAGUAGAUACACAGCAGAUACAACAGAGCAAUACCAGCUUUACCCUGUGGGAGAUUGUAUACGAUUGUGUCAAGGCCCCUGCAGGGAGGGUUGUGUCUGUGUCCUUCAGCACGAGGUCAACAAGCUGCAAUGUCAGCUACACGGUGCCAGAUCCAGUGCCACAGUUCGAUGUGUCUGUGAAUCGGUCGGUGAAAUCCAUCACCGUGACUGUGGAGCUGGGAGAGAAAGUGCACACCAGGUGGUGUUACCUAAGAGGCCAGUGCGUUGAGGGGUCACAUUCACCGCAGAUCACUAUUGAUCCGUCUCAGUCUCGAUCAGCUGUUCUUCACAUCCCCUACCUGCUGCCCUGCGUGUGCGUUCAGGUAUAUUACACACACACGGACGCCCGCCGAGAGAAACACUGUCCUUUUCAAAACAAGGCACUCACAGAUGUGGAAGACGUGUGGCGCUCGUCUGAAGUCACCCUGUACGAGUCAGGUUUGGAGUGGGCCUCCGAGUGUCCCGUCAGCAGCAUGAAUAUCUCCGCCCUCCUCUGCUGGAAGCAACACGAGCACCUCUGCGUCCCCGUGCUCGACUCCACACUCGAAGGACACGAGGACGGACUGACCCUGAUGUAUAACACAUCCACUGUGGACAAACACCCUAAGAUGUGUGUGCGGUUUACUCUACAAGGCAGCCAUAAUAUCUCUUGUCCUUUCAAGGCUGAUAUGUCCUCAUGGGAGGUGAAUAUUGGAUCAGGCAAGCAGAGUGUGUUUGUGUAUCUCACCUCUUUGGCUCCAGCAACGUUCUCGAUUCAAUUCUGUGUCAUUAACGAGAUGGGAUGUUCCCCCAUUGGCCCGGAGCACACACUAAGAAUGGAGGGGGGAACUGCAGAGACCAAGAUGGAACUGCCUCCUCACUUUCUUGUGCAGGCGCCGUGUGUCCAGGUGUGGCAGUCACGUCCUGCUCUUCACGGAAGAAGAAUUCUCUGCCCAGACUACGUGCACAACAGACGUGGCCUGUAUGUGAUGGCAGCUCUGAUACUUGUGUUUAUUUUUGCUUUGUUGGGAUUUUUCAUCCACCGUCUCACUAGAAGCGGAGCUGCAGGCUGGCUCUGGAUCCAGAAGGAAGUGCUGCUGGUGUGCUCAUCCGAGCAGUCAGCCCACGUCUCUGCUGUGUGUGCUUUAGCCUCAGUUCUGCAGGGGGAGCUAAAGGCCACCGUGCACAUGGCUCUGUGGGCCACACAGACCGGGGCCAGGACUGGAGUGGCAGAUGUGGGUCCUCUCCCCUGGCUGUACGGCCAGUGGGAAAGCAUGCGCAAGGCUCAAGGAAGAGUGCUAAUUGUCUGGAGCCCCGAGGCAAAGACCACCUAUGAGAAAUGGAAGGCGAGAGAAAACGUGGAUAAGAAUGAGAUAAAGAAAGAAAAAGGAGUAGAUGUGCAAGAGGAUUAUGAACUAAAUGGAAGAAGACUGGGAAAAGGCAAAAAGAAGAAGGAGAGAGCUGCAAGAAAAGAGGAUUGUGUAAAAGACUUAUACCCACAGAGGGAAGCCUGCUCAGUGAUAGCACCGGUGUUUGCAGGUGCUCUGGCCUGCCUGCAGGGGUCGCUGCAGCAGUGCAGAGGUCAAGGAGUUGCCAUUGUCUAUUUUCAGGGCUUUGGCCAAAGCAGGGACAUCCCAAAAGCCCUCAGAGACGUCCCUCGGUACUGCUUACCACAGGAUUUCAGGGGUUUGAUACAGGAGCUGGGAGGGAUGCAAAGAGAGAGCAAAUCGAAGGGGCACUGUUGGCCCAGACUCUUUUCUAAAGUGCAGUCGAUAUGGCUGGCACGACAGCUGGCCCACAGGCUGCAAACACUGCUGCGGCGGACGCAAGGAGAGAAAACGCAGACUGUCACAUCGUCACAGAAAAAGACGUCAGAAAAGACACAAAACAGGCUCAAGCUGUCACCGACUGCCGAUGUGGGGAGACAAGAAACUGCCCAAGAACAAGAGCCUCUUCAGGGGUCACCUUGGAGAGCAGAGAGCCUUUAAUCUCAAGUUCCACGCGUCUUACGGGGACAGACUUUUGUUCUGCUGGACACAUGA